CUCAAAGUCCAACUCGUAAAGAAGCCAAACAAACGAAACUUCGCAUUAGUAAUAGUACUAUAUGCACAAAGCACAAUAUUCUACCAAAAACAUGGCUAGAGCUUCCCAUGUUACACUUCUUCUACUGCUACUCCAAACCUUGGCCUUGAUCCAAUUCUCUCAUGCUGGGGGAAUUGCCAUCUACUGGGGCCAAAACGUCAACGAAGGAACCUUAGCACAGACUUGCGCCACCGGAAGAUAUUCCUUCGUCAACAUAGCUUUUCUCUACAAGUUUGGCAAUGGCCAAACCCCGGAGAUCAACCUCUCCGGCCACUGCAACCCUGCCCGUUGCACCAUUGCUAGCGAAGGCAUAAGAAGUUGCCAAAGGCAAGGGAUCAAAGUAAUGCUCUCCCUCGGAGGAGGUCAAGGAGCCUACUCUCUUGCAUCUCCAGCAGAUGCAAAGAACGUAGCAGAUUAUUUGUGGAACAAUUUCUUGGGUGGUACGUCAACUUCUCGUCCAUUAGGCGACGCCGUUUUGGAUGGUAUAGAUUUCGACAUUGAACUUGGUUCGAACAAGUAUUGGGAGGAUCUGGCCACCAACCUAAAGGCAUAUAGCAGAGUAGGAAGACCUGUUUACUUGACUGCAGCUCCUCAGUGUCCAUUUAUUCCUGAUCACUUUCUUGGAAGUGCUCUUAACACGGGGCUGUUUGACUAUGUUUGGAUUCAGUUUUACAACAAUCCUCCUUGCCAAUACUCUUCUGGAAAUGUGAAUAAUCUCCUGAGCUCAUGGAACAAGUGGACUGCAUCGAUAAAGGCAGGGAAGAUUUUCUUGGGCUUGCCGGCAUCACCUGCUGCAGCUUCCACCGGAAAAGGGUAUAUUCCGCCUAAUGUUCUUACUUCUCAAAUUCUUCCGGUGAUAAAGAAUUCGCCCAAGUAUGGAGGUGUAAUGUUGUGGUCCAAGUACUUUGACGACAAAAAUGGCUACAGUUCAAGUAUCUUACAAAGUGUGUGAUUUUGUAGGUCUAUUUCAUCUCAUCAUGAUAUAAAUAAGUUGCUCUGUAUUACAAGUUAUGUACUUUCAGAGUGAUCUUGGCUUCCAGGUCGUGGGGACCAAGCCAAUUAACUUUUGAGAUAAGGUAUUGUCGUCGUUUUCAACCAAGCAAUAGUAUUAUAAUAACAAAAUAAUGUCAUCUUGAUAGACAAA